CGUACCAUCCAUCGGCCUGCCUCGCUCCCGCAACGCCCUUCCUCUCCCGUCACCACGAAGAUCUCCACUUGCUAACCGCCGCGCAGCUCCCCCACGCAGCUCCCCUACCCUUCUCCUCUCCGCGCUUGCUGCCGUCGAGGCCGGCGGACGCACGCCACCCUAAACCCCAGCACACCGCCGGACGCACGCCAGGCCAACCGCCGCCGCGCAGCUCCCCCACGCAGAUCCCCUAAACCUUCUCCUCUCCGCGCUUGCUGCCGUCGCGGCCGGCGGACGCAGGCCAGGCUGCCCCAGCACUCCGCCGGACGCACGCCAGGCUGCCGCCGUCCAGCUCCGCCACGCAGAUCCCCCACCGAGGAGGCCGCACCCACCACCCGCAGGUGAGGCAGGGCGGCUUCGAUUGGGCUGCGGUGAUUCGGGGGGCCGGAUCUGGCUGGGGCUUCGUCGGAUCUCGGGCUAUUUCGGCGUGGUUGCAUUCCAAAUCUCACGAUCCCUAAUCUUGGCUGCCACCACAAUCUCGCCGCGAGCCCCUGGAACAUCUACACCCGCUUCUCCGCCGUUGGCGUCGAGAUCGCACGCCGCGGGGAAGGCGCUCGGCGCUCGCGUCGGCGGUUCGAGGCCACCCGCCGUAGCCGCUCCCAUCGCUGCCGUAGGCGGUGGCUUUGCCUAGGAAGAGAGCCUUCCCUGCCAGUUCAACGGCGCAUCUCCAUCUGGGCAGGCACCUUUCCAAGGUCACACGACGCGUCUCCGUCUUCCCCGACGGGCGAGCUCAGCCUCUGCAACGAGUGAGCUCCCCGGCGGCGGCCGUAUCAGGCUCCUCUCCAAGGUCACGCGUGGGCUCCGUCUUCCCCAGCGAACCACACCCAGGCGAGGCUGCGAUGGCCCUGGCGGGUGCUCGUCCAAGGAUCCGCGCGGUGGUGAGUCAGGAUGGAUGAGGGGCCCUCGCACCACCAGUUAUUGUGCAGAAAGGAUUUGAUCCACAAUGGUUGGCAAAUGCACUGCGGACGACGAACUUAUCCGGCGUCCUCAUCAGCAAACUUGUCUGUAUAAAAGGAUCAGAUGCCCUUUCAAAACACUUGAAUAAUUAUAGAUUAUUAAUGGCUAAGCAAAAUCGUUUCUGCUAGAGUGCACACUUUAUGCUGCAAAUGCCAGGAUGCGAGACAUUGUCACAUCUUGUACUGCUGGCUAACUAUCUGUGUUCUCUCAUAAGAAUCAAAAUCGGUCAUAAAACCAGAUGAUCGCGCUCUCGCAAUCCACAUCGGCACAUCGCGCGCACAGCUUGCAGACCAGUGAGGGCCUGAGAGGCUGAGAGCCAUCCCAGCAAGGGCGCCGCCCAUGGCUGAGUCGCUCCUCCUCCCCGUGGUGCGCGGCGUGCUUGGCAAGGCCACCGAUGCGCUCGUCAAGAAUGUCAGCCGCAUGUGGGGCAUCGACGGCAACCGCCGCGACCUGGAGCUCAAGUUUCUGUACGUGCAGUCCCUACUGGCCGACGCCGAGGCGAAGGCCGAGGCGGACACCGAGGCCGGCCGCGCCGUCAAGGCGUGGAUGAAGGAGCUCAGGGCCGCCGCGUACCAGGCCGACGACGUUCUCGACGACUUCCAGUACGAGGCGCUGCGCCGCGAGGCCCACAGCCUUCGUUCUACCUCCAGCAAGGUACUUGACUACAUCACCUUCAGAAAUCCACUGGUGUUCCGUCUUAAAGCGAGCAGGGACCUCAAGAAUGUGCUGGACAAGAUCCACAAGCUGGUGGAGGAUAUGAAGAAAUUUGAUCUGCUGCAGCGCGAGCCAGUGGCGCCACAAGCUCUGUAUAGGCACACGCCGGCACUGGACGAGUCUGCAGACUUCAUUGGAAGAGACAACGACAAGGAUUUCGUGGUGAAGCUUUUGCUGGACCAGCAAGAUCAGCGGAAUGUGCAGGUUCUGCCCAUCAUAGGAAUGGGAGGUCUGGGCAAGACCACACUAGCCAAGAUGGUGUACAAUGACAGCAAUAUUCAGAAGCACUUUGAGUUGAAGAUGUGGCACUGUGUCUCAGACAACUUCGAAGCCAUUUCUGUUGUGAGAUCCAUCAUAGAGUUGGCUACAAAUGCAAGAUGUGACCUGCCUGACACCAUAGAGCUGUUGCAAGGGAAGCUGCAUGAAGUUGUUGACCGGAAAAGGUUCCUACUAGUUCUUGAUGAUGUGUGGAAUGAAGAUCAGCAGAAGUGGGAGGAUGAUCUUAAGCCGCUGCUAUGUUUUUCUAAUAUUGGAUUGGGAAGCAUGAUUGUUGUCACAAGUCGAAGCCAAAAAGUUGCCUCUAUAAUGGGCACUCUUCCACACCAUGAACUAGCAUGCUUGAGUGAUGGUGAUUCAUGGGAAUUGUUCUCAAAGAAAGCAUUUAGUAAAGGGGUGCAAAAGCAAGAAGAGUUGAUAACGAUCGGUAAACUGAUUGUUAGCAAGUGCAAGGGACUACCUCUUGCUUUAAAGACAAUGGGUGGCUUGAUGAGUUCCAAACAUCAAAUUAAGGAAUGGGAGGCCAUUGCAGAGGAUGAUAGGGUUGGCAAAGAUGAAGUAUUGUCCAUUUUAAAAUUGAGCUACAUGCACUUGUCAUCCGAAAUGAAGCAAUGCUUUGCCUUCUGUGCGGUAUUCCCUAAGGAUUAUGAGAUGGAUAAGGAUAAGUUAAUCCAACUAUGGAUGGCAAACAAUUUUAUUCAUGCAGAUGGAACUACAGAUUUUGUGCAGAAAGGUGAAUUUAUUUUCAGCGAGUUGGUGUGGAGGUCAUUUAUUCAAGAUGUGGAUGUCAAGAUAUUUGAUGAAUAUCAUUUCGCUGCACCUGCACACAAGAAAAUUGGGUGUAAAAUGCAUGAUUUAAUGCAUGACUUAGCACAAGAAACUACAGAUGAGUGUGUUGUUGAAGCAGAGCUAAUUCAGCGGAAAACAUUGAUAAACAAUGUACGUCACAUCCAGUUGUCAUGGUCUAAACCAAAAGAACAAAUCACUAGAUUGAUGGAAAACUCAUCUCCUAUCCGCACUUUAUUAACUCAGUCAGCACACGUGUCUUUUAGUAAAUCAGAUCUCAAGGCACUCAAGAAGUUAAAACUAACAUCAUUAAGAGCACUACGUUGGGGAAACCGAUCUGUUAUCCGUACAAAGCUCAUAAAUACAACACAUUUAAGAUAUCUUGAUCUUUCGGGGUCAAGAAUUGUUAGAUUGCCGUCUUCAGUUUGUAUGUUGUAUAAUUUGCAAUCAUUGAUUCUGGAUCAUUGUUGGAAACUAGAGUUUUUACCGGAAUGCAUGCAAACUAUGAGAAACCUCACCCACAUUUAUUUAACAGGAUGUGAUAAGUUGAAGCGGAUGCCUCCAAAACUUAGUCUGCUACACAACCUCUGCACACUCACAAAAUUUAUUGUUGACUAUGGAGAUGGCUUUGGUAUUGAGGAGCUCAAAGACCUAAGACAACUUGGAAAUAGGUUGGAACUGUUAAAUUUAAGGAAAGUAAAGAGUGGUUCGAAGAUCAAUCUCCAUGAGAAAAAGAAUCUAACUGAACUAUUUUUGCAUUGGGGUCGUAGCAGAAAAUACAAUCCAUUGCAUAAUGAGGUCAUCAGUAACAAUGAGGAAGAAGUGCUAGAAUCUCUUGCACCUCAUGUUGAGCUGAAAACAAUGGGGCUACAUGGGUAUGCUGGCUUAUCCAUCUCACAAUGGAUGAGAGACCCACAAAAGUUUCAGUGUUUAAGAGAACUAUAUAUUUCCAACUGCCCAAGAUGUAAGGAUAUGCCAUUUGUGUGGUUAUCAUCCUCUCUUGAGAAAUUGUAUUUACGCUGCAUGGAUAGCCUGUCUGUAUUAUGUAAGAACAUUGACAUGGAAGGUUCAAGGUGCAAUACCUCUCUAGCAAUUUUUCCAAAGUUAAAGACAAUGUGGUUGGAGACAUUGCCAGAGUUGGAGAGAUGGGCAGAAAACAGUGCAGGAGAACCUAAUAGUUUGUUGGUGUUUCCCCAGCUGGAAGAGCUGCACAUCAUCAACUGCAUGAAAAUUGCAACUCUUCCGGAAAGCCCAGCUCUCACUUCUCUAAAUUGUUACAGUAAGCCUGUAGAAGGCCUCGUUCCUAUGGGCAUCCCUUUGGGAUCUUGUCCAUCUAUUGUCCAGUUGAACAUUGGGAUGCUGGUAGACAUGGUGAUGCCUGUAAAGAAUCAUCAAAACCAAAGCCAAAGACCUCCGCUAGACUGCCUGAGAAGUUUGCGUGUACAAAAUGACAGUGGCUUCAUAUCAGUGUUCAACUCAUCCAAAUUGCAACUUGGUCUUGGGGAUUGCCUGGCCUUCGUGGAACAAUUGGAAAUCUCAUCAUGCGACAAUAUUUUGCACUGGCCAGUAGAGGAGUUCAGAUGCUUGGUUGGGCUUCGAUCUCUGGAUAUUAAAUGGUGCGACAGACUAGAGGGGAAGGGCUCAUCAUCCAAGGAAAUCCUUCCUCUACCCCAGUUGGAAAGGUUGGAAAUAUAUAGCUGUGAUAGCUUGCUGGAGAUACCGAAGCUGCCCGCUUCACUUGGGGAAUUGGAGAUUAAUUCGUGCAGAAGUUUGGUGGCGCUGCCUUCGAACCUUGGAGAUCUGCCAAAAUUGAGGCAUCUCAAUCUGUGGGUCUGCGAUGAGCUGAAAGUGCUGCCUGAUGGGAUGGAUGGCCUCCCUUCUCUUGAGCAACUGUGGAUCGGUUCUUGCCCUGGGAUUGAUAAAUUUCCACAGGGCCUCCUCCAGCGGCUCCCGGCCCUCAGAUCCCUGGACAUACGGGGCUGCCCUGACCUGCAGAGACGUUGCAGGGAAGGUGGGGACUACUUCGACUUUGUCUCUCCAAUUCCAGAUAAAGACAUACCCGCAGCAACAACAAAACCCUAAAUGAAGAAGUCCCCAGGGAGGUUCCUCCCCUUGUGUGGUGGUGACUCUCAGAGUAAUUGAGGUGUGUAAUCUAUCACCUCCAACUAUCUCUCAUAUUCCUACUCCUUCCUUCCUAAAGGCUGAGAUCACUACAGUUUUGGUUGUUCUUGUUAAGUAUAUGAAGGCCCAUCUAAUAUAGGCCCAUAUGGCCCAUGAGGCUCUCUAUAUAUAGUUAUCUCCACUAAUGGAGUUAUCAUCUUCUCAAAUUACUAAGGUUAGUAACAUGCUAACAAAGCAAGGUUUAGGGUCGAAUUAGGGCUAAUCUGAUCCCUAAUCACCCAAGAUCCAUUUUUUUUUCUCUGGUGGCCGCACGCCCUUCGCGUUGGGGUUCCUCUGUUUUCCAGCGGGCGGCUCGUCGCCGUCGCGCUGCGUCAUCUGCAUCUUCUUCAUACGCGGGGCCGCGUCUGGGUCUUCACGCGCGGGGCCGCGUCAUCUCAUGCGCGGACGGACGCGAGGGGCAGCGGGUCUUCACGCUCGGACUUCGUCGACUCGCGUCUGGGACUUCACGCGCGGGGCUGCGUCAUCUCACGCGCGGCGCGCGGACGGACGCGAGGGGCAGCGGGUCUUCACGCGCGGACUUCGUCGACGCGCGGAUCUCGUCCGACCUGCACGUGCGUGGCACGCGCGCCUGUCUUCACGCGCGCACAAGCGGCCAUCUGCCGCCCGACUUCCUGCUGUCCGCUUGGAAACGUGCCUCUUGCCCGUGGACUCAGUACUGCAACCGGCUUCAUCCUCUGCUUCCAUAGUGAUCAUCUCAGGCAGCAUCCAGUCACAGUGGUAACAAAUUUUCUCUUCUCCUUAUUGGUCUGCUAGAAGUUCCCAGUCAUGUCACAGCUCAACACCAUUGUUAUCAACAUUACUCUUGAUGGUCAGAAUUACCCAGAAUGGGCAUUUUGUGUGGAAACUGCUUUGAGGGGUCAUGGCCUCCUUUUUCAUCUCACUGAUGAUCCUCCUGUGCUUCAGCAAGAUCAGAGUAAUGCUGCUGAUGUCAAAACUUGGCAGAUCAAUGAUGGCAAGGUGAUGGCUGCCAUGGUCAACAACACUAAGCAAUCCAUGAUUAUGAGUCUGUCCAAGUGCCAAACAGCCAAGGCUAUCUGGUCAUGCUUGAAGGGUCGCUAUGUUCAGGACAGUGGUGCUCUUUUGCACACCCUCAUGCAGCAAACCCAUGUUAUCGAGCAGCAAGACAUGUCUAUUGAUGAGUACUACUCAGCUUUUGGUCGUCUGAUGGGAUCCUUGACCUCUAUGGUGCCUGCGUGUACAGCUGCUGAUUGUCCAGCCCACAAAUUUAUUGACAAGUUCCUUAUCGUUUUGUCAUGGGUGUUAAAGCAGAAUUGGAUUCCAUACGUACUCGGUUGCUUCAUGAUUCUUCUACUCUAACCAUGACAAAGGCACUAUCAGAUUUGCUUGCUGAAGAGACGCGUCUCCGGUCUCUGAACUCUUCCAUGCAAGUGUCUCACAGUGUGUUGGCUGCUAAGAAGUUCAGUACACCAAAGAGUGUCUCUCUGGAGCCUUGUCCGCAUUGUGGUAAAACUGGUCACACUCCAGAAAAUUGUUUCCUGCAUCAUCCAGAGAAAUUGGCUGAAUUUCGUGCUCGUCGCGCUGCUCGCACCACUAGGGGUCGUGGUACAGUUUCCACUCCUAGAGGCUCUGUGUCAGUUGCUGCUGCUGCUGGGUCUUCCUCUUCGUCUUGGGUACUUGAUUCCGGGGCUUCUUUCCAUGUCACAUCUGAUCAGUCUCAGCUUGUUGCUUGCAAGCCUGUUGCCGAUGGUGCUUCUAUUCAGACAGCCGAUGGUACAUCCUGUCAUAUUACACAUCAGGGCUCUCUUUCCAAUUCUUAUUUCUCUGUUCCUGAUGUGUCUUUUGUACCUCAAUUGUCUAUGAACCUCCUUUCUGUUGGUCAACUUGCUGACCAUAACUGUUUUGUUGGAUUUGAUGACUCAUCUUGCUUUAUUCAGGAUCGUCGAACCGGGACUGUACUUGGGACUGGCCAUCGCCGUAGUGGCUCACCUAGCCUCUAUGUCCUCGACACCUUGCGUCUUCCUCAUAUCUCCGCUCAUGUGUCAUCAGCCGUUUCUUCAUCAUCGCCAUCUACUUCGUCCUUCGCCGAGUGGCAUCACCGUCUUGGUCAUUUAUGUGGGUCUCGUUUGUCUAAUUUAAUAAAUAAAGGUUGUUUAGGUCCCACAUCCAUCGAGUCUAGUUUCCAUUUUAAAGGUUGUAAGCUUGGGAAACAGAUACAACUCUCAUAUUCUAUUAGUGAUUCCCAUGCUGCUAAA